AUGUUCUCGACGCCAGCAAUUCCACGAGCUCUGCCUCGGUUUUGGGGCGCCGUCGUGAGCCUCGUGCUGCUCUCACAAGUAUCCAGUAUACAAUCAAAAAGUGAUAAUGAAUAUGAUAUCGUGAUAGUGGGAGGAGGCACAGCCGGGGCGGUACUCGCUAAGAGACUCACUGAGGGCACACUAUUUAGCGUGCUCGUUAUCGAGGCUGGGUAUGAAGUAUCGUAUAAGUCCGAGUUACCCGCUCUAUUUCCAUCGCUCAUACGUACAAGGUAUGACUGGAAUUUCACAUCUGAAGAAUAUUCAUUGAAUAAUUAUAACAUUUCAAAACCAAUUAUAAAACCUUCCAUGGACGUCACCAGCGGUUGUGCACUCGGUGGCAGCAGCAGUAUCGGUCAUUUCAUGUACACGCAUGGUUGCCCUGGAGAUUAUAAUACUUGGGCAAAAAUAACUAAUAACUCUAUAUGGAAAUAUUUUAAUGUUCUACCAUAUUUUAAAAAAAGUGAAAGACUUGAAGAUCCCUCUAUUUUAUAUUCUCCUUAUAGAAUGUUUCAUGGCACGAAAGGUUUUCUAGGUGUUACGAAACAAAACAGUUCAAGAAUUCUUAGAAAUUACUUGGAGUCAUUUCUAGAAGCAGGCAAUCCAGUAAUAUUAGAUUCUAGCGGAGUUGACCCUUUUGGAUAUAGUUUACAGCUGUUUGCUAUUGCUGAGGGAAUAAGACAAAGUACAGCUUAUCUUUUACAAGGAAAGAAUAAAAGACCAAAUCUUACUGUUUUGACAAAUAUAUUUGUUACAAAAAUAAUAUUAGAUGAAAACAACAAUGCCAUUGGCGUUACAGCUGUGACUAGAAAAGGCGAAGCUUUAACUUUCCUAGCUAAGAAGGAAGUUAUUGUGACAGCGGGUUCUUUUAAUACUCCAAAACUUCUUUUGUUAUCUGGAAUCGGACCGCGGCAGCAUCUAGAGUCCUUAAAUAUAUCUGUUAGGAGUGACCUACCCGUGGGAUGGAACCUGCAAGAUCACUUGUUGCUUCCCCUGGGAUUUAAGAUGGAAAAAUCGAAUAAGCCAAAGCUGCCAAUUAACCCCCAUGAAUUACCAUUUUCCCUGUUCUCAGGUUACGUUGCAUUAAAUAAAUCCAGUGUAUGUCCAGAAUACCAAAGUAUCAAUAUAGCCGGUACACAAAACGCUUCAGAUAUUGUUAUUUUAUGUGAAGCACUUGGAAGUAGCAUGGAGUUUUGUCAAAAACUCUCACUAGAGGAAAGAAAUGUAUUGCUAACUAUUAUAACACUUUUGCAUCCAAAGUCACGUGGAAAUGUGAGCUUACGCAGUGCAGAUCCAAAGGAUCCACCUGUUAUAUUUCUCGGGACUUACACUGAUGAGAGAGAUAUGCAUGAUGUCUUAAAUUAUAUUGAAGAUUAUAUACGUGUCUUAAAUACUACAUAUUUUAAGAAUGUAGGAGCUGAGCUCAUUAAUUUUAAUGUAACCCAAUGCGCGGAUUAUGAGUUUGCCACUAGAGAGUACUGGAAGUGUUAUAUACCUCUUACGACAGGCACUAUAUACCACUAUCUAGGCACUUGUUCUAUGGGAGCAGUGGUGGAUGGUGAAGGUCGAGUCUAUAAUAUAAAAAAGUUACGUAUUGCUGAUGCCAGUAUAAUGCCAACUCAAAUAAGUGCAAAUAUAAUGUCAGCUGUGAUAAUGAUUGCCGAAGUCAUCGCUGAAAAAAUAAAACAAGAAUAUUGCGACGCUAAAAUAUGUCUC